CAGUUGAUCACGUGCUUGUUCGUUGUUGUCUUACACGAAAUAUAUUUUGAGCAUUGUACUGUCAAUCGAGUAAAUUAGAAAACAGUGAAAAUGAGUUCUCCGACGAUAACAAACAGUGAAUAUUGUGACUACCGCAGUCCCUUGGCAACGAGAUACGCCUCGAAGGAAAUGCGCUACAACUUCAGUGAGCAACACAAGUUCAGCACGUGGCGGAAAUUAUGGAUUUACCUGGCCAAGGCACAGAUGGAGCUGGGUUUAUCCAUUACCCCGGAACAAAUCAGCGAAAUGGAAGCUCACGUGAACGAUAUCGACUUCGAGGCUGCUGCAAGGGAAGAAAAGGCCACCAGACACGACGUCAUGGCUCAUGUCCACGUUUUUGGAAACCAGUGUCCAAAAGCUGCACCCAUAAUACAUUUGGGGACAACCAGUUGCUACGUCGGUGACAACACGGAUUUAAUAAUUCUUCGUGAAGGAUUCGACAUACUUCUGCCGAAAUUGGCGAACGUGUUGUCGCGGCUCACGAAAUUCGCCAUGGAACAUCGGGAUCUGCCGACUUUGGGAUUUACUCAUCUUCAACCAGCACAGCUUACGACCGUUGGCAAACGAGCUACGUUGUGGCUUCAUGAUCUUCUGAUGGACGAGCGAGCUCUUCGUCGCGCUAGAAACGACCUGAAAUUCCGAGGUGUGAAAGGCACCACUGGCACGCAAGCUUCGUUCCUUCAAUUAUUCAACGGUGACGGAGAGAAGGUGAAGCAGCUAGAUCGAUUGGUAACCAAAAUGGCCGGGUUUGAGAAAUAUUAUUCUGUAACGGGACAAACCUACAGUCGUAAAGUCGACGUGGAAUGCUUAAACGUCCUAAGUUCUCUAGGUUCCACGGUUCACAAAUUCUGUAGCGAUAUUCGAUUAUUGGCAAACAUGAAAGAAAUGGAGGAACCGUUCGAAAGCACUCAGAUUGGAUCCAGUGCAAUGCCAUACAAAAGGAACCCGAUGCGUUCAGAGAGAUGUUGUAGUAUAGCGAGGCACUUAAUGACUUUGGCUAACAAUGCUUUGCAAACGGCUGCCAUUCAAUGGAUGGAAAGGACGCUAGAUGAUUCUGCCAUUAGAAGACUCACAUUGUCGGAAGCGUUCCUGUCGGCUGACGUGAUUUUAAUGACUCUCCAAAACAUCACAGAGGGCAUGGUCGUCUAUCCUAAAGUCAUUGCCAGGCAUAUCGAGCAAGAACUGCCAUUUAUGACAGCGGAGAAUAUAAUAAUGGCGAUGGUGAAAGCUGGAGGUGAUAGGCAGGUUUGUCACGAGAAAAUUAGGGUGUUGUCUCAAGAAGCUGGUGCACAAGUAAAACUACACGGAAAAGAUAACGAUCUAGUCGAGAGGAUCAAGAAGGAUUCUUAUUUCGCUCCGAUUCUCAAUCAACUGAACGAUCUCCUGAAUCCACAUACCUUUAUCGGGAGAGCACCAGAGCAAGUUGUCGAAUUUGUGGAAGAGGAAGUUAACCCCGUUCUCGAAAAUUACAAAGGACUCUUAGGCAGGAGCGUGGAUCUCAACAUUUGACCUAACAAAAUGGAUCUUUUAUUUUCGAAGGAAGAAAGGCUUCUUAAGAAUUUCGUGACAUUUCUCGUAAGAUGGUUCCUCCGAAUUUCCAACAUCUGUCACGUCUUUUCACCGAAAACAAAACAAAGUGAUGCGUACAAGAUUGUUAUUAUUGUAAACGUUACAAAGAUGAGAACUGAAUAAAAAUAGGACAAAUAGUAAAGCGCACUGUUUCGCAGCCACGCGCACGCUUUUCCCACGUUGAAUGUGUUCAUCUCGUUAGAACAAUCGAUUUUUCUUUAUGCGACUCGAUUAGAAACUUCUCAACAACGUAACUGCUGUGAUAGCGAAUGAAGAUCGAGCGGAAAGAAUCGAGAAAGCCGAAGAGACACCAGAAUUUUUAAGACGUUAUUAAUUUUCGUAUUUACAUGUAGAAUAAAAAUUGAAAAAAUAAUAGGAAAGAAUGAGAGAAAGAACGAUAACAGAAAGAUGUGAAAGACAGGUGAAGAAAAUAGGUAGAAUAGAGUGUGUAAAAAGAAAGACAGAGAUGUAGAGACCGAUCGUUUAUUGUAAACAGAUAGUCGAGACAUAGUGAGUAACAGUUGCUUAAUCGCCAAUAAACUUGUUUGCUUUUUCUUUAAUUAAUGUGUACACAUUUCAAAGGAAUAUUCAUUUAUCUCUUCAGAUGACUUAUUUUAUCUGAAAGCAUAAUGACCAUCGACGCGAUUAACGGCGAUUAAGCAACUGUUAUACUUUACAAGAAAGGCUAAAAGUAACGUUACCCUGAAACAGGAAACAAUUGGCUGUAUUAAUCGCAAAAGAUAUAGCAGAGGCAUUGGCAGAAUGGAAACACGUGAUUACAGCCUCGAUUACUUUUUAGCUUGGAUUUCGCGAAAACGAAAUAUAGCACUUGAGAAUCACAGCAUGAGGAGAAUUACGCAUUGUUUUCUCGUAUGUAGCUUUUGUAGGAUAGAUCCAGGUAACGAUAGGUGGGAAAGACUAGACUAGAAGUGAGAGAAGGCGAAGGGAAACGCGGUUUCCUGGUCGAAAGUGACAUGGUGCGUGCACAUUCGCUUUUGCGACGCAUUCUUUUUGCUGUCAUACUUCUGCAGUGUAUGUAAAUUAUACUGUCAGUGUGUGAAAGAGUAGGUGUCAAGAUUUGCGACAGAUUUAUCAAGAGGUGGAGCAGAGGAAAGUGACAGUGAGGAAAGUAAGGUAGAAAAUAGAAGAAAGAACGAAAAUGUUUGAACAAGUGAAAGAUCUAAAGAGAAAAGAGUUUUAAUUCAGUAGCGAGAUAAGAGAUAGAAAUUGAAGAAAUAAUAAAAAUAAAGAAUACAGUCAAAAGAGUUAGAGAAUAGUUGAGGAGGAAAGAUGAGGUAGAGACAGAGUCUUCAAGAAUAAGAAAGAAAUAACAACGUGUCAUGCAGAAUGAAAUACAUAAUAUCGAUGGAGAAAUCGAUAAGAGAAUCACAGGAUGUGGCAUUUUAGCGACAAGCGUGUAAUGAAUUUACAGAAAAAUUUAUAUUUUUAUGUUGUUCAAGCAUAGAAAAGUUUAAAGAGAGAAAAACAGGGGAAAUGAAACAUAGAUUUAGAAACUUGAUAGAUAGAAAGAUAGAGAGUUCAAAAAGGUAUUUACAAAAUUAGUCAAGAUGAAUAAGAAACCAAAAUAAAUUUAAAAUGAAGAAGAAAGACACCUACAAAGGAAAGAAAUAAACGAGAAUUGAAGAAUCCUUGAAAAGGAAGUAUAAUUUUCAGAAAACAAUUGGAGCUGAGAGCAACCAAAUUGAGAGAAAGAUAGAUAGAGUAAAAGAGAAAGAAUAAAGUUAAUAUUUACAUAGAGAUAUAAAUAGAAGAAGUAUUCGAAUCCUUAAACACAGAAAUCAGAAAUAAAGAACAAUAAAACAGUUGAAAAAUUGAAGUUUACAAAGAGAAAGAGGGAUACAGGAAACAAAAGUACAUGGAAGUGGACAGUGUUGAAAAUAGGAAGAGAGUAAAGUAUCAAAGCGAAUAUAAAAUUAAAAAGAAAUUAAAUAACCUGUAAUAAAAAUAGAACAGCGAUAUACACAAACUUAAUAGCCCAUAGUAGAAAAUGGAAACAGAAAUAUAAUUAGAAAAAUCAUUUUUAUAUUACAAAUUGAAUAUAUAUAGAAAAAAGGAUAAACAAAAUAGAAAGUAGUUAACAACUUUUAUACUAUACAUUGAAAUGUAAGAAGGAAACAGACAAGGAAAAAUCGAAAACAAUAGUGUACAGAAAAAGAUGUCAGGCAGAACGAGAUUAGAAGGAAGAAGAAGUGAUCCUUCAAGAUAAAACAAUAUACACAUAAACUUUUAAGGACAGUGUAAUCACAGUGUACAGUAUAGAACAGGUAAGAAUAGCAACAGUAUAGACAAGCUAUUUUUUACAAAAAUAAAUCAUUAAAGAGAUAAGAAGGAAAACAUAGUAGCACCCAGGAAUGAGAGUAAAGUGCCAUAAUACGUUAAAUUUCAGGUACUUCAGUAUUCUCAAGUUCACAUUAAAGAAGAAAGGAAAAUCGCGAACUGAAAUACAAUAAUACAGAAACGCAGCAGAAUAGUAGAUAUGAAGUCUGCAUAGAAAGGCUGUUAUUAUAAUGGUAACAUAGCAAACAGAGCAAAGACUAGUCAUAGUAACAUAGCAACUCGUAAUUAUAGCGACACGAGAGAAAGUAAAACAUAUACGAGAAGGAGGUAUGCGAGGCAAAUUAGGUAUAGAAGAGGGUAUAGAGUAGAAAAGUAGCCUGUAUGGCGAAACAUAAAUGAAGAAAAAAAAAUAAUUCAUGGCAAAUUCGACAAAUUUCGACAUCGUAAUACUGGUAGGUAUUUGCGGAAAGCGUACAAGUAAAAGUUAGGAUAGUCCAAAAGAGAAAGAAGGAAACUGCGACUUCGAAGAGGUCGAAUCUCAGAGGAAAGAUAACUGUGUAGCGAUUGUGAAGAAGAAUGAAGAAAAAUAUAGGAACAGUUUGUGGAAUAGAAGGAACAUUUUCACAGAAGAAGAGGAGAUCGUUAUCGAAGAGAGAAACAAAGUAUAAAAGAAAGUUUGUACCAGUGGAUAGAAAAGAGGUAACACAAAGAGGCGAAGAAGAAGAUAGAAAA